AUGGACAUGAUCGUUGCCUUUGCUUGUGGACUGGGGCUCUUCCACCUCUUAAUGUUCUUCCAAUUUACCUCACCCUCACCUCCACCAGAGAAAAAGACCACCACUGCAAAGGUGGUGAAGAGGCAACACAGGAAGAAAAGCAGGACCGUGAAAGAUUACAGAUGCAGCGGCAGGAAGAAAAGGAAGGAGGACAAGUUACUGCUUUCUCUUCUGCAGAACAUGGUGGGGAAGCUUGUCGACACCGUCAGCUUUUGCCAGCUCUUAAGAGGAGCUUCCUCGGGGGAAGUGUCUAAACCAGAAGCUGCCAAUGCCCACCACCCACCUAGGCAGUCCACGGAGGGGUCUGUGGCCACCAAUUUGUCCCUAGUGGCCUCCUCGGCUCCUCUCAAGGAACGCCUGCUGCCCGAAGAUUCAAUCUUGUCACCUGUCCUGUGGAAAUCUUUGGCUUCUGUUGAGUCACAGUCAUCCCAGUCGUCGAUGACUGUCAAAACCUGGUGCCACUCCAACUUAUCACACGGCGAGUCCCCGCAAGAGCAUCUUUCUGUCAGCCCCCGAGGGAACGCAUUCUGGACAGACCCCACAUGCAGGCAGGUAGAGGCCGGAGAACCUUUCUUCAUCAAGCCUGAUGCCCAGGAGAUGCUGGAACUGCAGAUUCGCAAGAGGGUCAAGCUAAACAUUUGGAAGGGGAAAGGAAAGGAAAGGCCUGACCUUGACCUGAGCUGUCUGAGCAUGCAGCACUCCCACGGCGGCCAGCAGCCCACUGUCACCCCUCAUCCCUUCUGGAGCAGAGACCGCAAGUCACAGCAGUUUUCAGGUCAUCAGCAGCUCUUGUACCAGGAUAGCCUAGGCAACGAUUUGCAGCAGAAAUACAGCCAGCUUUUCUGGGGCCUCCCUUCUCUUCACAGUGAGUCCCUUGUGGCUACCGUCAGCAGGGCAGGCUCCCCACUAGACUCCUCCGCCAUCUUGUUCAAUGGACUCUCUCCUUACAUACGAGUUCACACCAAAGUACCUGGGCAAGUCCGUUCCCUAAAGCCCUUGCUUCAGCACGCGGUCCAGUCCCAACCUUUGACUCCAAACUUAUCCUGGUCCCGUUCUCCUCCAGUGGCUGGAAUCCAAACCCAGGCUAGUGGCCCAUCCUCUAUCCCAAAGCUACCAUGCAAUUCACCUCCAACUGGGAAUUGUGAGGCUUCCUGCCCUACACCUUCAAGAUCCCAAUCUGUCCCACCUGCUGUUCAACACCUAGAUUGCCACCUGCUGAAGAAGCACCAAGAAAGUAGGGGCACUUUACCGACCAGGGUUAAAAUGUCACGGGAAGCUUUUAUUCAACUCACUUCUAACAGCUGGUCCCCCCAGGGCCCGGGAUCUGUUCCCCACCUCCCAGGGGAGUUCAUUAACCCUGAGCUCCGGGAGCAGCUGGAACAACACUUGAAAAAGAGGUUCACGCAACACCAGGGACAGUGGCCCCACGAUAUCCCGCCAUCCCCGCAUCUGAUUAAGUCUCAACGCGAACUCCAAGGGACGGGUCUGGCAGAAGGUGAUCACGGGACUUUGUGUCCUCCAGCCCGGGCAGAUGAAAGCAGCCGGCACCUACAGGGCGUCUCCUCACAGGGCCCAGAGAUGUGUAAGACGUGGCGGGACCCCUGCAAGGAUCUGACAGACUGCCAAGGAAGAUCUCGGAAAGAUCUGCACAGCAUCCCAGAGGGUUCCCUGGGGCAAGUUCAAGACACCAUCUCCGAGACGGAGAUGGAGAGUUGCUGUGUGAAACACCCAAGAAGCGACUCACAAAGCCCCCAGCCAGUGAGGCCAGGGAAGAACCAGCUGGAGGGAGUACUGAAAAACCACUUAGGCAGCAACCGGAGGCAAGCCAGGGAGAGCAAGGUGCCUGCGGGCACUUGUCACGGAAUUCCUAUAAACCGUGCAUUGGUCCCUCCCGAAAACUCAGAGACACGUACGGGAACUGAGCAGAAACCAUCCUUGAAUGGUCAGGCCACCCGCAAGAAUACUUGGGAUGGGCUUUCCUUCCUAGAUCCUGGCACUCAGAAGGUGCUGGAAACACAUCUCACAAGACGCCUGGUGAGGCACAGGUGGAGCCUGCCCCUCAGAGGCCUCAAGACCAUCCAUGUUUUCAACAUGACCAAGGCUGUAGCUUUGCCGUUUCCACAGGCCCGGCCUCAUCCUUUGACAUGCUGGGACUCUACAGAGGACUCCAUUGACCAAACGGGCAUCGUCCUGGGAGAAUCUCUUCAGAAAGACCCAGAAGAGGAAGUGACAACAAAAACAGACUUUAGUAGGCAGGCCUCUCCCACUGUGCAGCCUGAAUUCCUCACAGGGACUACACCUGCUGACAACCAUGGGUCCUCUGAGGCCCCUUCCACUGUCCAGGACAGUGAGGCUUUUCUGUCCACACAACACAGCCUUGUGGGCAGAGGCUGGCACAGUGAUGUGGUUCGUGGUCCUCGGACACGCAACCCAGAGAAAAGCCCAACCCUAGUCCAGGCUGGUUGUGAGUCACAGGAGAGCCAGGGUGCAGCUUUAAGACCUCUCCGCCAAGAGGUGCCAGUUCCAGAGAGCAGUGUGGCAUCCCAGUCACCCAGCACCAGAGGUAGCACAGACCUGGAGGAGGCAGAAGACGGGGAGUCCUGUGAGUGGGCGCUCAAUAUGGCGAACUGUCAACCUCACAGUGAAAGUCUGAGGGACUUAGAAUCUCUUCUGACCACCGAAAGUCAGUCCUCUUUUAGGACUCUUUUUCAGGAUCCAGAAGAUUCAGGCCUGAGCACACCUCACCACUCGGCCACUGCUGUGGUCUUGCAGGACUGUGCCACUGGCACGUUCUCCCAUGUCUGUGUCCCCGAGGUCCUGCUUGCUGCAGAUAUCCUGGCCCCCACGUCUUCCCAGUCCAGCUUCAGGACUACCAGGAAAUCAUGCUCCUGGGACAAGCACCCUUUCUUGUCACCAGAAGGGAACGCUGCCAAUAUCCUCAAAUUCCAGAAACCAUGGAUUAGCCAUAUCUUUGGUCCAACUCACGUGAAAGAGGACUACAGAGGAGCUGCGCCAACCUACAUGGUCAAUACUCAGUACAAAAAGUUUGGGGACAGGAUAAAAAAAAUGAUAAAAAUGUUGACUCCCGAAAACAAAGUGCGGGAGAACUCCCUGCAAAACGUCAGGGCCUCAUCACCCACUCCUCAAAGUCGAGGGCCAGUGAAGAGCAGAGUGGCUGAGGCUCAGGACCUCAUGACCACUGUUGGAUGGAUUCCAGGAGAGAAACUGGGGGGUGGCCAUGCCGGUACUCCCUCAAAGAAAAGUGUGCGCAAUCACCCACCCCAGGCUCCACCGGGGAGGCAUGUGUGCUACCGCAUGAGUUUUAAUGCUGAAACAGACAGGGCACAAGGAAACCCGAGCUGUGUUCACCACGGCAAUUGGAGGGUGUACAACCAGCCUACAGCACAAGGAAGCCUUACCUGUGUUCACCAUGGCAAUGGGAGUGUACACAACCAGCCUUUCACAGCACAAGGGAACCCAAGCUGUGUUCACCAUGCCAAUCGGUGGGUAUACAACCAGCCUUUCACAGCACAAGGAAAUCCUAGCUGUGUUCACCAACCAAGUCCCCAGGUUCACAGCCAGCCUUCCAUGGACAAAUGGAUGUACUGUAACAAUCAGAGGCAGCUGUCCAGAGAGGCUGUGGACCAAGCCAGUCCUUAUCAGCACAGGGUCCAGUUACCACGGGCCCCAGGAAACCCUGUCUACUGUCCUCGACACUGUCCUUGCAGAAGUGUGCCAUGUGGGAAAGCAAAGGGCACACCUACCCUGGUCAAAUAG